AUGUUUGGAAAAACCUUCAAAAACUUGACCACAUCAAGUCUUUAUUUCACCCCCUAAAUGAACUUCGGUGCUAACUUAAAACAACUAAAAAUCAGAAUGAAAGCUAUUGGCUCGAUUAAGAAAAUCACCAAAGCCAUGAAAAUGGUAGCUGCCGCAAAAAUGAAAAGUGAAGUAAGUCGUUUAGAAAAAGGCCGUAAUUUCGCAUUAGGAAGUGUAUCUAGAGUAUUAGAAAAUGAACCAUAUGUAUAAAAAAAAAAAUCUACAACCACCCCCAAAACUACUUUAUUAGUCCCUUUUACAUCCGAUAGGGGUUUAUGUGGAUCCAUUAAUUCAUCAGUGGUGAGAGAUAUAAAAAGAACAGUACCUUUAAAUAGGAGUUCAUAUGGAAUUUUUUCUAUUGGAGAAAAAGGAACUAUUGGUUUAACCAGACCUUUCCCUGACUUAUUAUUAUAGGCCAUAACUGGAAUUGCUAUUCCUAUUAAUUUCCCUACUGCAGCUUCUAUUGCACAUUAGAUAGUUAACUAAAGUACUUCUUUUGAUAAUAUUAUUCUUAUCUUCAAUAGAUUCAAAAACGUAAUUUCUUAAUAGAUUAUUCAUUAGGAAGUACUUAAUAGAGCAGCAUUCUUUAAUUAAUUCAAAUAUGUUACUAAGCAUGAAGCUGCUGAACCUGAUUUGGAAUAUUCAAAAAAUUAUUUUUAUGAAUUGUAUGUUGCAUCGAGUGUUUACAAUGCUCUUUUGAACUCUUCGGCUUCUGAAUAAGCUUCGAGAAUGAACGCUAUGGAAAACGCUUCCAAAAACGCAGGAGAAAUUCUAAAUAAUUUGACUCUUUAAUAUAAUAGAGCAAGAUAAACCAAAAUUACAAUGGAAUUAAUUGAAAUUAUUUCAGGAGCUAGUGCCCUAUGA